AAUGUGCACAUGAAAAAACAUCACGGAAGAGCAAAACCCACAAAGGAAGAGCCGACAUGGGUGCUCUCCCACCUCUAAAACUUCCCUUGAUAGAUUUCUGCAAAUAUGACAUGAAGCCAGGAAGCACACAGUGGGAUUCAGUGCAAAAAGAGGUUGUCAAAGCACUUGAAGAGUACGGUUGUUUUGAGGCUCGAUAUGAUAGAAUCAGUGUUGAGCUUCACUAUGAUGUCUUCAAACAAUUGGAAGUUUUGUUCGAUCUUCCGGCCGAGACGAAGAGCCAUUUCGUCGACCCUCGAAAGCCGUACGAUGGUUACCUCGGGAACCUACCUCAUUUGCCUCUAUACGAAGCAAUGGGAAUCUCCGGCGUGCUGGACUCCGGAGGCAUUCGGAAGUUAGCCAAUCUCAUGUGGCCUAAGGGAAAUCCAAAAUUUUGUGAAACACUAAAUUCAUAUGCAAUGACGCUUUCCGAGUUGGAAUCACUGAUCACCAGGAUGGUGUUUCGAAGCUUGGGCGUGGAGAAAUACCUGGAUUCGCAUGCCAGGUCCUUGAACCACUCGAUCCGGGUCAUGAGAUACGAAGCGCCGAUGACUCGGGAGCCUCAGAGCGGGGGGAGCUCGCACUGCGACAAGAACUUCUUGACCAUACUUCAACAGAAUGAUGUGAAUGGUUUGGAGGUGCAAACAAAGGAUGGAAAGUGGAUUCAAGUCGCACCUUCGGCUUCCACCUUUAUAGUCAUGGUUGGAGAGUCAUUUCUGGGAUGGAGCAAUGGCCGAUUGCACUGCCCUACACACCGGGUGAUGAUGAGUGGCACCGAGACGAGGUAUUCGAUCGGCUCGUUCUCGGCCAUAAGAGGGGUGAUCAAGUGCCCGUGCGAGCUGGUCGACGAGCAACACCCUUUGCUCUUCAAGCCCUUUGACGAAAUCGAUCUGCUCCGGCUCCACCAAACCGAGCAAGGCCUCAAGGCCGAGUCAACUCUUAAGGCCUAUUGUGGUGUUUGAACAUGUUUUACUACUAUUCUUCAUGAACGCUCUGCUUUCAUUAGUGAAAAAGUUAUUGGUGAUCACUAUCCUUGCAAUAUUGGAGCGUCGCUGUAGGUGAGAGUGAGUGUGUUUGUCAAGCACGGAGUGGAAGUAGCUAGUUUGUAUUCGAAAUAAAAAUAAAUAAAGAUAUUGUUCGAGGGUUUGGUUA